AUGAAGCUCCAAAAUAAUCCACUGAAUAUCCCAGGAAGUCAACCUCUCCUCGGAACUGAAAAUCCAAAAAUGCCCUUCACGUUUAUCGGAGAUGAGGCAUUUUCUCUUUCACCCAAAAUAAUGCGACCUUAUAGCGGUAAAGAUUUGUCCGAUAAAAAAAGGAUUUUCAACUACAGACUGUCCCAUGCUCGAAGAUAUGUUGAAAGUGCAUUUGGCAUAUUAUCAAAUAAAUGGAAAAUAUUCCAUAAACCAAUCAAUGCAAAUUUAGAUUUAUGCAUACUUCUAGUAAAAACUUGUUGUGUUCUGCACAAUUUCGUACGGUCCAGAGAUGGAUUUAACAUUCAAGAAACAAUGAGUGUAGAAGGAUUCAUUGAAAUCGAACAAGACACAUCAGAACCUACUCCGAGAGCUACUAAUCAGUCAAUCAAUGCAAGAAACAAUUUGGCAGAUUAUUUUGUUACAGAUAUCGGCAGUGUGCCUUGGCAAACAAAUUAUAUGUAA